AGUUGUAGUUACUUAGAUUGAAAAUGUAAUUGUUUUUUAAUUUCAGUCUUAGGGGAUAUUAUGUAGGGAAGAAUCGGCAAACAGCCUUUUUGGCCUUGCCACAUUGUAACAGACAAUGAUGGGAGAUUCUACAAAAGAAAAAUGUGCUCCAACGAUGUUUUCCGAAUAACAUUCUAUGUGCAGUGGUUGGGGGAUAGAAGGCACUCGUGGGUGGGCCUCUCUUAUUUGGUGCCCUUUGAGAGGGCACCAAACCCCCAGCACACUCCGUAUGACAUGUUGAAAAAUUACAUCCAAACUCACCUCAAAACGAAAGACAACUUGAAGGCCUGUAAGGUGCCAAGGAGGCUGGUGGCCAAAGUGGACGCAGCAGUGGAGUUGGCUAUGGAGAUGCAGGAUGUUUUUAUCUGAGUGAGUAAGAGAAAAAAAUAAUUGUGAGGAGUACUCUGGAGAGAAGGGUACAGUGUCUGAUGGGUGAUGGUGAUUGGUUCCGUGGUGUUGAACCAGAUAGUGGUGGGACUUGCGGUGUCCUACCUGAGCGUCCUGAUGUGUGGCAUCGGUGUCCUGAUGGCGUGGCGUGGCUUCUCUCCCCUCCGCCAACUGCCCACCUUCCACUGGGUGUGCGCCGAGUUGGCGCUCCACAUAACUCUCACAGAGUUUUGCACAGCCGCUUGUUUUAUAAGCACAUUCACAAGCAGCACCACGAGUGGACGGCUCCAAUCUCAGUUACCGCCAUCUACUGUCAUCCCAUCGAGCACACAUUCAGCAAUCUGUUGCCGCCCUUCCUCGGGGUAAGCUCCAGCAUAGAUAAACGACAUGGUGUUUUGUAUCAAGUUUAGAUGAUACUGUAUCAUGUGUGGUGAUACUGUAUCCAAAAUGUGGUGAUACCUUAGAGAAAAUAUAGCUUAAGGGCGGUUGCAGACGAACCACAUUCGUAUGUAGGAUGUGGGACCGUCAUACCACAGAUCAAUAUGACUAAACGCCCUAAAGCAGAGAGACUUUCACACUACAUUCGAGAAAACACUCAUUAGUGCAACAGUAAUGUUAAGGUGCGUACAGAUAUACGCGCCGCGAACAUGAGCAAUUCACUUUUAAUCAGCUGAUGCCAAGCUUUUUAUAUCUUUACCUUACCGUUUCUGUAAAAAUGCGGAUAUAGUCAGGUGAUUAAAAGUGAAUUGCUCAUGUUCGCGGCUCGUAUAUCUGUACGCACCUUUAUGUAAUGUUCAGGUUGUAGGUUAUGUUGAGGUGAUUUCAUAAUAGUGCUUCAUGGUGAUAAAAUUUGUAGAACCAAUAUUGAUAUUGUGGAGUCUUUCUAUAAUUGAAAAAACUAUUUGAAAUAAUUUCAAUUUAUUGUCAAAUUCCACUUUAAUAAACACAAAGUUCACAGGACAUGAAAUCAUGUAAAUCGUGCAAACUUUGUGUUUAUUAAAGUGGAGUUUGACAAUAAUUGUCAAUUUGAAAUUAUUUCAAAUAGCUUUUUUUUAAUUUUUCAUAUAUUUUUCAUUUUCCCAUGGAACACCACUCUAGAUCUUCGGUUCAAGUUUUUGGCGCGCACUUUUGAAAUUAAUUUCCAUCAAAGAAUGUCGUAGAGUAACUGCGAAAAUUGACAAAGGCUGCUGUAGUAUAUUAUCAAAAUAAUUAUUUCAAUUAUUAAAAUUAUUUUAUGAUUCAAAGCAAUAGUACAAAUUCAAAUCAAGUAGCUGGUGCUGGUGCCAGAUGAAAGAAUACUUUAUAAGUUCUAGGUUGGCUAUGUUGUAAAUGGAAACAUUUUAUUAUUAUUGUUAUUAUCAUUAUGUUGUCAGGACAGGUGAUUUUCCAUAAUAUUUCAAUAGACAAUAGUUGAGCUGGUAUUGCAGAAUGAUUCAAUGUGGAGAAAGCAGAAGAUAGCUUGUUUUGCCUGCGCAUGCGCAGAGAAGCAAGCAGACUACAAUUCAAUCGACCAAUGAGAGCUCUUCAAAUGUUAAUUGUCACAAUUUACCAGGUUUCGACUGUGGGGCAGGAAUUUGUUACUGGAACUAGUUUCUGGUCAAAAUUGUUCCCAUGGGACACGGAACUUUUUCCCGGGUAAAUUGUGAAUCGUACAAUUUACCACCUUUCAUUUUUCCAGAAUGGGCCCAAUAUGAAGUAGACAUUAAAGUACCAAUUACAAUUAACCACCGAGCUAUCUAAUAUAACCUACAAAUUUGAGGUAAAAUUCAAGGGAACACUAUCACAGCGACUGCGAUUGUAGUUCAGAAGCUAGGGGAAGCGUGGUGCUCAAACCAGUGGUACCACAAUCGCAAGGAAAAUAAUCGCUACCACAGCGCACAAGGCCAUGUGGAAGUAUCAGUGCCACUGCCAUGCCUGCCAAUGCAUUUCAUAUGCGCUGCGUUUGUGGUACCACAGAAGGAAAAUAGUAGCUCCCACAUCCCACAUGCGAUUGUGGUUCGUCUGCAACCGCCCUAAUAAAAUAUUCCAUGGUAUUGUGUACAAGUUGAGAUGAUACUGUAUCAUAUUUUGUUAAUACUGUAUCAUAUUUUGUUAAUACUGUAUCAUUCAGGGUGAUACAGUAUCAUUUUGUGGUGAUACCAUACAGAAAAGAUAGCAUAAGAAGAUAUCCCAUGGUAUAGGUCGUUUAUGUUCCAAAUUGCAUGCCGAUUUCUUGUUUGCUCAAGCCGAUUACUGUCGACUACUGUCUAUGUUUUAAUUCGUAUUUUCUUUUGUCUAUAUGUAUGUAACGCAUUUACGGCCAAACGCGUUGUUAGAAUUCUAUGAGAUUUGGCAGGAAUAUUCUUCCUUUUUUAACUGCGCGUCGAUGUAUACACAAGACUUUUGAAAUUUUUCAUUUUGAGGAUAAUAUAAAAGGAAAAGUAAUCUUCUCCAUACUACGAUAUCACUAUAUAUAUAUCAUCUACUCUGAAGAUAGGAUUAAUCAGCUUAUAGAAUUAUUCAUAUUCAAUCAGCUGACAAGUGGAUUAUUCAUUGCAUCCAUUACACAGAUGUCUGGAGAAGCCGGUCAACAAGUGACACCAGAUACUUGUGGAUGAGAAAACUGCGUGAGGUCUACUGUUCACAGAACUACUAGUAUUACUAUUUUGGCCGGGUGAGAGUGUAAGAACGGCACAAUAUGAGAGACUAGUAGCGUCACAUAGCUCCACGAAAAAACUACCAGGACUCUCGGCUUGAGUUAACAAUGACAUUUGACGCCCUAUACUUUGAGAUAUCUUUCUAACGCUCUAAUGCUAUCUUUCCUCUAUGGCUCCAUUCCAUUCUUUAUUAACGAGCGUAGCCUCGACUAUAGUGAGGUCCACGUUAUUAUGGCAGUAUUUGAUUAACAUUGUUGUUGCUAUCCUUGUCUAUCAUUCGACAAAGCAGAUAGCGCUAUUCUUCACCACCUCCGCAAAGUUUCAAGAUCGUUUUUUAAUAAUGUAAAAAUAUAAUCAAUCAGCAAAAUAUUCAAUCACAAUUUUAUUUAAUUAUUGAAAAAAAAUUGAAAACAUCUUGAGAGCGAGUUCUUCAGCCCGGGGAGCUCACUAGUUUAAGGGCAGAGACACACGAGGCAGUUUCUCAUACGAGUAGACACGGCAUGACAUUACAUGAAGCUCACUGAUUGACUAAUUCUCGAUACGCCAACCCAAUUACAGAAUCGGAGAGCUUUCUGACAAUAUCAGCAGCAUCUUGAGAGCGAGUUCUCCAGCACGGGGAGCUCACUAGUUAGAGGGCCGAGACACACGAGGCAGUUUCUCAUAAGAGUAGACACGGCAUGACAUUACAGGAAGCUCUCUGAUUGACUGAUUCUCGAUACGCCAACCCAAUUACACAAUCGGAGAGCUUUCUGUCCUGUUGUGCCGACACGUCUGAAAAAACGCCUCGUGUGUUUCAUUAAACGAAUAAAUUCGGAAUUCUUCAACUUGUUUGUGAUUUAAUAAAAUAGCAGUUCAUCGAAUGUGGAGUUGAAUGUAAAUUGCUGUAAAUUUGUACUGAAUCAUAUUAGUUUCAAGUAGUGAUUGAUUAAUUGGUACAGUCUGAGUCUUAAUUUAAUUUAGUCCAAUUUAAGUCACCAUGAAUACAAAAAUAAUACAAGAUUGUGACAGACAAAAACAAUAACUAUUAUUUCUAAAUAAAAAUUGAAAUAUAUUAGCCAAUUUUUGUUUAUUGUAGAACGCUAGUCUUUCAAAUCGAUUCCAUUGUUCAUCCUGUGUUGAAAUUCAAUUAGUCUGUAAGCUGUGCGAACCCUUCACCUGGCUUCAAGAUGUCCGUUGGUCUCGCUGGCAGAUUUAAAAUAAUACAAUUAUUUUUCACUUCCAUCUCUCUUUAGAUAGUCGUAGAGUUAUUGAAAAGUGUUUUAAAAUUCAUAAAAUAUCAGAGGGAUUUUAUCUUAAUUAGAAACAGGCUCUCCGAUAGGGGAAACAAGUUUUCUGGUAGUGAAAUUAUUUUGAAGUUUAUUUGUAAAAUUAUCAAAGUGAUUCAAGCCAUCUUGAAAUUUGGUUAGUUGAUGGAAGGUCAAGGUGCCGGUUGCACAAAAGCCGGUUAAUUUUAAUCAUGAUCACGAGAACCAAUCAGAGAAGCCGUCUUAUCAAAAAAACCUUGUUUGUGUCAAACGCAGCUCUCUGAUUGGCUGAUUAGGUGACUGUUGCAGAGUGCUAUGGCUUGUCAAUGACCACGUGACCGAAAUACCGCUCGGUGAUUUAGAAUUUAAGAACUGGUUGAAUUAAUUAUCGUAUCAUCACUGUAACUGAUAUUACUCUUCCUUGAGUACAAUAAAUAUCAGACUUUUUUAAUUAAAAAUCUAUAAGGAUUAAAUAGUAUUGUGUUCUAAAAUGAAAAGGCUGUCAUAGUGAAAAAACUUUUACAGUAGGACACUAAUACUUUAUUACAACAAAAGAUUAAAAUAUAAAAAGUUUUUACAGUGAAACAUCACAAAUAUAAUUAUUAUACUCGAUCAAUAUUAUGAACAAACAUGUAAAAAUUUUAUAAAGAUAUUUGUAAAGCGUUUACAAAAAUAUUUGAUAUUUUGAUAAUAAAUUCAUAAGUCACGUACAUUCAGGAUGAUAAGGUUCAUCAUACUAGGAGUAUAAGAAUUUUAAUGU